AUGGUGUGGUCCUGGGAAUAUUGCACAAAAUUAUUCAGACUUAGGAAGACACAGUGGUGUGUUGAACUCCACUUCGUUGCACUUCGUUACGUUCAACUGUUUAUAGAUUACAGGUGUGUUAAACUCCACUUCGUUGCUCUUCGUUACGUUCAACUGUUUAUAGAUUACAGUAGGUUUAUAGGUUACAGGUGUGUUGAACUCCACUUCGUUGCACUUCGUUACGUUCAACUGUUUAUAGAUUACAGUAGGUUUAUAGGUUACAGGUGUGUUGAACUCCACUUCGUUGCACUUCGUUACGUUCAACUGUUUAUAGAUUACAGUAGGUUUAUAGGUUACAGGUGUGUUGAACUCCACUUCGUUGCACUUCGUUACGUUCAACUGUUUAUAGAUUACAGUAGGUUUAUAGGUUACAGGUGUGUUGAACUCCACUUCGUUGCACUUCGUUACGUUCAACUGUUUAUAGAUUACAGUAGGUUUAUAGGUUACAGGUGUGUUGAACUCCACUUCGUUGCACUUCGUUACGUUCAACUGUUUAUAGAUUACAGUAGGUUUAUAGGUUACAGGUGUGUUGAACUCCACUUCGUUGCACUUCGUUACGUUCAACUGUUUAUAGAUUACAGUAGGUUUAUAGGUUACAGGUGUGUUGAACUCCACUUCGUUGCACUUCGUUACGUUCAACUGUUUAUAGAUUACAGUAGGUUUAUAGGUUACAGGUGUGUUGAACUCCACUUCGUUGCACUUCGUUACGUUCAACUGUUUAUAGAUUACAGUAGGUUUAUAGGUUACAGGUGUGUUGAACUCCACUUCGUUGCACUUCGUUACGUUCAACUGUUUAUAGAUUACAGUAGGCUUAUAGGUUACAGGUGUGUUGAACUCCACUUCGUUGCACUUCGUUACGUUCAACUGUUUAUAGAUUACAGUAGGUUCAUAGGUUACAGGUGUGUUGAACUCCACUUCGUUGCACUUCGUUACGUUCAACUGUUUAUAGAUUACAGUAGGUUUAUAGGUUACAGGUGUGUUGAACUCCACUUCGUUGCACUUCGUUACGUUCAACUGUUUAUAGAUUACAGUAGGUUUAUAGGUUCCAGAGUUGGAUUUAACGAGACUGAACAAGAGGAAAUUUGUUCGAGAUAUAAAUUUCAGCCAUCUAAGAAAUAUCAAGCACGUCCGACAACAGAUCGAAUGCAGAAUGGAGUUAAAAGGCCCCACUUGAUAUAAAAUUUAAAAUUUUAAGUUAACCACACUAUUAUAUUAUUAAUGUUUUAUAUUAAUCUGUAAAUAAUUCAUUCAAAAAUUAAACGAUCAAUUACCGAGUCUUUCUUAAGAAAGUAAAAAAUGUAGAUUAUUUUAUUUAACUAAUAAAUCCUGAUUAAAUAUCAUUUUAGGACGGAAUGAUUAUUUUUCAAUUUUUUUUUCUUGUAAAACGUAUGUAAAACAUUAAUUUAUGACGAAACAAAUAAUUUUUUUUUUCUUAACUUUAAAAUUUACCAUCUAUCCCGAACAUACAAAGAGCAUGCUCAGAAAAGUGAGUCUACUCAAAAAUUAUACUCAUGCAAGCUCAUUCAACUGAGCAUGCUCAGGAGUUCAUUACGAAUGUACUCACUUUAGUUUUUUGCAAAAAAUUUAUAAGCUCACGUGAGUAUAUUCAACGAGUGUACUCAUGAGAAUAUUAAGAACAUACUUAUCCGAAUACACUCGUAUGAGUGCACUUACUGAACAUUCUCAUGAGAAUAUUAAGAACAUACUUACUUCUGUGUGACAUAAUUUUUUUAGGUUCUCAUAUGAGUGCACUUACUGAACAUGCUUAUGGGAAUAUUAAGAACAUACCCAUGGGUAUUUACUCUUAUGAAUACACUUCCUAAACAUACUCAUGAGCAUAUAAUGAUAAUAAUUAUAUCUAUAUGACAUUUUAAAAAAUGUCGACCAACUUAAAAUCGAACUAAGAAUUCAUUUUUAUAUCAGUCGACAUUUUGAACAACUUAAAAAACAACAAAUGUAAAACAACUUAAUAUCAAACUUAGAAUACAUUUUUAUGCAAGUCGACAUUUUUUGAAAAAUGUCGACCAACUUAAAAUCAAACUUAGAAUACGAUUUUAUGCAGGUCGACAUUUUUUGAAAAUAUUUUAUGAAUUCAAAUAUUAGUUCCAUGAAAGCCAAAAGAUUUUGAUCGUGCUUAAUUCUUAUAGUUUUUUAAAAGCAAAGUAAUUUUUAAUUUGAUUCCUUGAGAUUUAAUUCAGAAAACUUAAAAUUGUCAAAAGUUUCGUACAUUUUUGUAUUACAUAUCUAAAAUAUUCAACAUUUGCUUCUAAGUUGGUUGACAAUUUUUUAAAAAUAACAUUUUUAAAAAUGUCGACUAUCAUAAAAAUGUAUUUAAAGUUUAUUUUUAUGAUGGUCGACAUUUUUCAUAAUAUGUUUUCACGAUCGUGCUCUGAUAAACUCAAAUAGUUCAUAAAAAUAAAGUUCAAUUAAGCAGCGUAUCAAACUUCAAAGAACUUAGUUUGCCUGUAAUAAUAUAAUAAUUUAAGUAUGUGUUUUGCCAUAUAAAAAUUAUUAUAUAUUUACAGAAAAUUGCUCCAAGGAAAAGUGUGAGGUGACAGAAGUUAAGCAAACGCAAAAGGUUUUUCUACAAGAAUGGGUGACCGGUGUUUAAAACUUCCUUCUUAAGUAUUUGAGAUAAAAUGUUAAUAAUAUUUCUAAGUCUUCCAAAAUUAUUCAUAGAAUUGUCCUUAUAAAAAACUCAAAUUUAACUUAAUUAAUUUUUUUGAAUUUUUUGACUUUAACUGAUUGCACUGAUGAAUGUGCUCAGAUAAGCAUAUACUCAUAAAUAAACUCACUGAGCAUAUAUCUUUUGAGUAUCUUCAUGAUUAUAAGCUCUUUGAGUAUGUUUAUGAGUAAAUGCUCUUUAAGGACUCACAAAUAAUGUGCUCUGAGUAUACUCAUUGUAUGUCGGGUAUAUUAUACUUACCAUAAAAACCUAAUAUUCUACUUUGUGUGCAAAUUAUUUGAAUCUUGUGUGCGAUUUUAAUGUAAUUUUACUUUUUCACUAUGGUUGAAAUUCUCUGGUCCAAUACUAUUUACGAAAGGUUUAUAUGUUUUUUAAGGCAUAAGUAGCUCGAUAUUGGGAUUCUGUUCAAUUACAAAAAUUUGAUAUUGCGAAUAGACGACCAUCCAACAAUAAAU